GUAUUUCAUUAGUUUGACUCUCUCUCUCUCUCUCCCUCUGACAGACCAUUUAAUUUUGCCUAUCCUUCAUCCCUUCUUAUUUACUUUGAUCACAAUUUCACACCAACCUUGUUCCUAACAAUAGAAAAAUACACGAAAAAUGAGAUCAUCAAAUGUAGAAUUCAGCAAAGGAUCCUGUGAUCUUCAUGAUAAUCACGACCAGAUUCAUCAGAAAACAAUUUUCUUGCCAAUGCUAUGCAAAAUUUCAAUCAAAGACAUAAAACUAAAUCACUACAAAAAUCAAUCUUCAUCAUCCGAUCCUUCUUCCCCUAAAGUCAGUUGCAUAGGACAAGUCAAGAGAAACAACAGAAUCAUUAGCUUUCCCGCCACCUACAGAUUCACAGCCGCUGCCACCAGCGCCGCUGCAGUCAACCACCACCACAACAACAAAUAUACCAAGUUGAAAAAACUGUUUUCCAGCAAAGCCCUCAUGCCAGCCACCACUAAGACCGCCACUAUCGCCACCACUCGAAGAAGUUGUAGAAGCAGCAGGGAAAUGUGUGUAGUUGAUUCAAGAAAAUCCAAGAUUAAGGAUCAAGAAAGUGUCAAAGAAGUGAAUAUUGAUGAACUGGAUCCGCCCUUGCCGGUGGUGAAGAGGGUGCAACCACCUGCUGCGGCGCCAGGUUUCGGUGGCCGUGAUGAGGUGAAUAUAUGGAAGAGAAGAGUUCGUGGGGCGACGAUAAAAGGUUUGCAGAUUGAACGGAUUCAAUUACCUAACAACAAUGUUCUCCCCUCAACAACUGUAUAAUCUGGGAUUUCACUGUCAAAUGGAAUGUUUAGUACCAUGAACCCGAGUUCUGGAAAUUCGGUGAAGAAGGAAAUAGAUACUUCCGACACGCAACUGGUCAGA